UAAAAAACAAGAUGGAAGCCAAACUUUGACAGAAUCUCUAGGACACUGCUGACGUGAGCAUGCAACUGUGAUGACCUGACACUUGUGCCGUCCUUAACAAACAAAGCAAAAGCCAAGUCCUGGAACGCCGUUGUCAUCAACAUGGCAGACUCCAGGGAUGUUACAGGUGGGCCUGGACCACCAGAGCAAUCCCAGAAUAGAUCAAAAGAGAAGAAGCGAAGACAUGGGCAUUCCAGUGGUUCCAGAGUUAACGUCAAAGACGGUGAAAGUGGGUAUUCAGAAAAUCGAGGAAAAACGGAGCGGGUGAAAUCAAAGGAGGCGGGGAGUGAGCCGAUUUCAAAGUGCGAGAAAGCGGUGGAUUCAGUCGGUAGUGGUGAGAAGAAAGGUCGGACUCGGAGGAAUCCUGAGGAGGAGGUGCCAAGGAAUGGGGCGGGUGACUGCACGAGUGGUGAUCAGGACGUGGACAAUGCCCGCGACGAAACGACUCAGGAACACGAGAGACUCGGUCGGGAAGCGGAGGCGGACCGACGCACGAAUAUAUCCGCACAGGGAGAGAUUGAACGGCAGAACAGCGCGGAUCGUAAGAGUGGCAAUAAUCCGACGAAUACGGAACACGGAAAAAAUAAGUCUGAGCCGGACUCGGAAAAUAUUGGCAAAGAGCGUCCUGUAAGCGGACAGACUGCGGCGAGAAAUCAGAAAGAAAAGUUAGUCAAGGAACACACAAGGAGUUAUUCUGAUGGCGGGGCGGUGUUUGUGAGCCCACGUCGUCAGCGCAGCGAUUCCAACGGACAGCAUAGCGAUCAGGGCAUUUAUGAUAAUGAGCAUGCCGAGGUUGUGUUAUCGCGAUCGCGGUCGCUGAAGUACGAUCGUCAGGGAAGCCGCGCCGAUUUUCCACCGCGGUUACUGGUGGUUUCGAGUAAGAUAAAGAACAUUAUGUCUCUACAGAAUGCCCUACUGCCUCAAGUGACGUUUUUGCAAUAUAAGUUCGAGACAUCGACUUUUGAUGGUUUGAUAGGUUUAAUAGGCCAAUUCCUGCUCAAUAAGAAGUUUCACAGUGUUGCCUUAGUUCUCCAUGGCCCGGUGGGCGUGAUACAGUUGUGUGGGAAAGAGGAAAAGCCGCUCAAUAAAGAUACCGUCCUUGACCACGCAGGUAUUCGUGGCUUCUUCUCCAAACUCUUCAGUCUCCAUGGCAACAAGGAGGCAGCGAACCUCCGCCUCGACUUCUUGGCAUGUAACGCCGCUCAGGGACAAGAUGGCGGACAGGGCAUCGUCAAGGAGCUGGAGGCUCUUCUGGGGGUGUCGGUUGGUUUGUCUCGAGACAUUGUCGGAGCAGAGCUGGUCAAAGACCCGUCCUCAAAAAGUACGGUUGGGGAGCUCUACUUCCGUCUUGAGUGUCUCCGUGGAUGGAGUGGACAUUACCAGCAGUCGAUGGCCGGCUUUGAGAAGAUCAGAACCGUUGGGAAAGGGGCAUAUGGCGCGGCCGUCCUCUACCGGAAACGUGACGAUGACUCCCUGGUCAUACUCAAAGAAGUCAACAUGCAUGACUUGAAUGCAGCAGAGAGACAACUAGCUCUUAACGAGGUGAAAGUUCUCGCCGUCUUAGACCACCCGAACAUCAUCAGUUAUUACGAUAGUUUUGAAGAAGACAGCGUCCUGAUGAUUGAAAUGGAGUAUGCAAAUGGAGGGACGCUAGCUCAAUACCUCUCUCAUAGGGACGCUCCACUGGACAAAAAGGAAAUACUAGAAAUCUUCCAACAGAUGGUGGCCGCCAUUCGUCACAUUCACGAACAUAACAUACUACACAGGGAUAUGAAAACGGCCAACAUCUUCCUGACAAAAGAGGGCGUUGUUAAAGUCGGCGACUUUGGAAUCUCAAAGAUAAUGUCAACAACUGAUAAAGGAGCGAAUACAGUGCUUGGAACGCCUUAUUAUAUCAGCCCUGAAAUGUGCGAAGGCAAGGAGUACAAUGAUAAGUCAGACAUCUGGGCACUCGGCUGCAUUCUGUAUGAAAUGGCUUGUUUACAGAAGACGUUCGAGGGAUCGAAUCUGCCCGCCUUGGUCAAUAAAAUUAUGAAGGGCCAGUUCGCCCCAGUGAAAGGAAACUAUUCAGAAGAUUUCAAAAACCUGAUAAAGGACAUGUUAGAACAUGAGCCUGAAUACCGACCGUCUGCCAAUGAGCUCAUGUAUCGACGGUUACCAGAGAGGCAGGCUGCAUCUGAAAGACCUCGUCCCCAAUCACGACCUCGCAUCCGACUUCAACUUCAUCGAAGUCGAAGAUCAAGAAGUGAUACCAGAAUUGAAGCACCAUUACAAGACAAUGGGCGUAGUGGGCCUGAAUUACCGGUAGACGAUUUCCUUCCUGAUCUUGGUGGAGAUGUUGAUGCACCUGAUUCUGAGGUGUCCACUCGGGCAUCUAGUCGCCAGGAAAGCUCUAUCCCCACUGCUACGACUUCUGGUCAGACAUCUAGAUCUAGACGUCAAGCAAGCUCCCUCUUCACUGAUACUAAUAGUUCAACCAUGGACCUUGCUGCUAGCACUCCAGCUGGAGGCGAAGUAGUGCACCAUCCAAGAACAGCAACAGAAAACAUUCGUGUUAUUCAAGAUAUGGAAUAUAUGGAAAGUAUGAUUGUAGAUGGUGAAAAGCUGACAGAAAAGAGGCUUGCAGAACUGGGCCCAGAACCAGAUGAGGAGGGAUGUAUCCAGGUGAAAUUUGUGUGCCCUGAAACGAAUUUAAAGAGGCGAUUCCGGGAAACGGAUACUGUCCUAUUGCCUUAUUCAUGA